GGUUUGAAGGGAGAUCUGUCAGAUUGAACUAAACCAGAAGCCAACAUCGCUUGACUGAAAGGAGCGCCCAUCGAGUAGUAGCGGCUUUUUUGCAAGACAAUCCAUCGUGGCGUUGAAGUUGAUGCAAGGAAAAAAAGAAUAUAUAAUCAAAUCCGUGCGGAAUACUUUAGGCAAAAAACUUUUAUUGGACCCGCGCAUGGUCAGCACGUCAUUGAUCGCGCUUGCCAAAUCUUUCCUUUUAUCUCGCAAACCUGAAAAAACGAGACACGUAAGAUAAUCACUGUCGUUCAAAAGAGACUGACUGUCCACCGCUGGAAAAUUAAACAUUUUUUUAAAUGACCGUCGUUCUAUUCUUAACCAGUUCAAUACCAAAUAUAGUCAUUGUGUUAAUAUGAAAUGUCCUUGAACGGUGCUCUGGUUUGUGGUAAGGUUGCCAAAGUUUAUAAUUACAAACGCUGAGAUGAUAUUUAGUAAUUGAAUCACUUGCACGUGACAAAUGUUAUGUUUGAUCAUACAACCCACGAGCACUAAUUUAGAGUUUAGAGCACUAAUUUAGAGUUUAGAGUAUAACUCUGUUUUCUCAAGUUUGCAAGGCUCGUGUCUCCAGAUUGUAUUACCCCUGCAGUGCACGCCGAUGUAAUAGUAGGCUACAUCUCGGCGGUUUUGUUUAAAUGACUGACAACCGAAGCCGUUUUUAAAUCUCUGAUUUCUACGCCUUUUUUAAGCAAAUUUGCACAUACCUCGAUCUGUGUACACCAUAUAUUUAGCCGCUGAUCCUAUAGAAAACGUUUUUAUAUAAUUGUCCAUUAUAUUUAUAACGUGGAGCCUAAAAAUCUGAUUUUCCUAAAUGACUUCCUACAAUCGUGCAUAUUCAUCCUUAGUACGGGUUUUAUUAUCCACGCUUGUUUUGGUGCUCGGUUUGGCAGCGCGAUGCGUCGGGCAGGCCAUGCCUUCCGAGGAGAGCUCUCAAGCGGCCCCGGCAUCAGUCAGUCUCCGGUCCCUGGUCACGGGGACCUGCGAAGAUGUCCACAGAUACGUGGAAUCCGUGGUGGGAACCAAUGUGAUCGAGUCGACUGCUGAGAGUGUGCUGUUGUAUCUAGAGUCAGUGCUUGGUCAAGACAACGUCUAUUCCGUGGUCAUGUUCUUUGAGAUGUUGAGCCGGUUUCUGGCUGAGGGAGCUGCCAGCGGACUGAAUAUCAUCGUUGUUUAUGUCACAGAUAUCCUCAGAGUCACAGGAGUUGAUGUCCACCUGCCAUUCCCUCACUUCACCGCAGAGGGCGUGGCCUCGGUUGGUCAGUGGGCUCUGCUGGCUCUGAUUGGCUAUUGGGUGCUGUCCAUCGUCUUGCGCCUGUUGGUGGGCGUGGUGAGGAGGGUGUUCUGGAUGCUGAAGAUGGGCACGGCGCUGUGGCUCUUCGGCCUGAUCGUCAGCGAUGCCAAGGCUGGUUCAGACACCACAGCCGUCCGGCUAGCAAGCCUGGUGCUGGGGUGUGCCCUGCUGGGGCUGGCCGGCUCUGGAUCAGAAAAGACAGUCCAAGUGGAAGACCGCAUGAGCAUCCUGGAGGGAAGGGUGAAGGUGGUGGAGAGGAGGAAGGGAGAGGAGUGAUGAAAGGAGAGAGGGGGAGGAUAGUUGGAAAGAAACGGAUGGUGAUGGUGAUGAUGGUGGUCUGUAUGUGUCAGUUUCUCAAAUGAAAUAAAGCAACCUCCAGGAUUUCUUUGAUUGAAAA